CUGACCAAUUGGUGGUGUUGGGGUGGGGGGCUCGCUGGAACCUUUGCGUGAUGGGCUUCUGCGAAAUUGGUCCUGAGCAAGACGGUGCCGGAAGAGAGAGGAGCUGCAGGCGCGGGGGGAGUGAGUCAGGCAGUGGGCAAAAGUAUCUCCUCGAGCUCGGGCUGAGGUUUCCACGCCGCCUUCCCUCAUGAGCGGCUGAAGGCGCCGGGAAUCCUAAGGAAGGACCCCGGGAGAAGAGGGCGGGAGAGCGGCCGGGGUGCGCGAUCGACUUGAGUUCCUCCUGUGCUUUUUUCCCCCCUGUGGGGUGGGGGGAAGAAGAGGGAAAACACCCCUUGGUGCUACUUGAAUUACUUGAAGUCACCACUUGUGACACUGUGUUCUGGAGAGAGCCUUAUAUUCCCAACCCUCCGGCGUGCUCGGGAGCGCAUGAGAAGCUGGAGUUUGCCGGCGUCUGGGGGGCAGGGGGCGCGAGGAAACGGCGUGGACUGAGGUCAAAAGGUAGGCUGGGCGCAUUUCUCCCUCUCGGGGGAGGGUCACGGAUGGCCGCGGUUAUGUAAAAAGCGCAGCAGCCGAAGUGGAUCCCCUGCCUGGCUUGCGAAGGUACCCCACCCCGCCUCCACCCGUGCUCUGCAGCCUGAAGGCAAGACAACAAGCAGCCUGCUGAUUGCAACACCCCCACCUACCCACCCCCCUCCAAGAGGGAGAGGGCGACGCCAGGCAGGCAGGCAGGCAGCGAGCAAGUUUUCGCAAUUGGGCUCUCCUCCCUCUUUUGGUGGGAAGGGUGGCUGAUCGUCGCCUGCAGGAUGUCGGCAGUGGCUUACAUGGACUUCGUGGCUGCCCAGUGCCUGGUGUCCAUCUCCAACCGCUCCGUGGCACAGCAAGACGUGACCCGGGAAGCAGAGCUCCUGAAGAUGCCCGAGGAAGAGGAGGAGGAAGCGGCCGGAGUCGUGACCAAGGAAAUGAACGACCCCAGGGACGCCUGGAAGGAUUAUUGCACUUUGGUGACCAUUGCCAAAAGCUUGUUGGACCUGAACAAAUACAGACCCCUCCCAACCCCAUCCAUCUGCAGUGACAGCGUGGAAAGCCCCGACGAGGAUGCGGGAUCAGACAGCGACGUGACCACCGAAUCUGGGUCGAGCCCUUCCCACAGCCCGGCGGAGGGGCAGGAGGCUGGCGGCGUGCCCGACCCCCUCUCCCUCCUGCACAGCGGAGUGCCUGCCAAGGGGAAACUGGCCACUGAAAAAAGACAUAAGUGCCCCUACAGUGGAUGUGGCAAAGUCUAUGGCAAAUCGUCCCAUCUUAAAGCCCAUUACAGAGUGCAUACAGGUGAACGACCAUUCCCUUGCACAUGGCCAGAUUGCCUUAAAAAGUUCUCCCGCUCUGAUGAGCUAACACGGCACUACCGAACCCACACCGGGGAGAAGCAGUUUCGAUGUCCGCUUUGUGAGAAGCGAUUCAUGAGGAGCGACCACCUGACAAAGCACGCCCGUCGCCACACUGAGUUCCAUCCUAGCAUGAUCAAGCGAUCUAAAAAGGCCAGUUCUGCCUCCUUUUGAAUGACAGACUAGAAUUCAGGGUUGGGUGGGAGGGGACAACCAUUGUUGCAACAGGCAUAACUGAUCAGCACAAAUAUGUCCGCCACUGUACAGUAAUUCCCCCUACUUGCAUUUUGAAAGCACACGUAGCUGGAAGUUUAACAUUUUGUCCCGUCCACCCUGCUAUGCUACCAACAACAGUCUUAAACCAGUGGCUGCUGGGUGGGAGUGGGGAGGGGGGCAGUGUGGGGAUCAGCAGAAAUAAUGCAACUUUUUUGUAGUUUAAAGAAUCAACACUGGUGUAUAUAUGUCUGACUGGGUGGUUUGACCUGUGACAACACAGUAGUGAUUCCAAGCUCUUUGUGAUUGCUGUGUCAUGGACAUGUUUUGUUGACUAAUGUAAUGCUGCUUGUAUUUAAAACAAAAACAAAAAAGUUUAGUAAAACCACUUUCCAACUCACUCAGAUACUUCUCAAUUAAAACUCCAUAGCACAUAUUCAGAAGAAGAUUCACGACUCUCUCAAUGACCCAUCCUGUUCAAGACUGUUAAGAAAAAAACCAUUACAUCUGGUGUUCAUAUUCGCUGAUUGGUAUUUUUUUAAAGAAAAUAAAUAAGCUGAAA